AUGUGUGGUCUUUUCGGGUGCCAUCACCACCCCGACGUGCAGAAAUUCAAGCCGACUGCUCUGCGACUGGCAAAGCAGAUCCGCCACAGAGGCCCCGAUUGGAGUGGAAACUUCAUUUCCAACAACACAAUCCUGUGCCAUGAGCGUCUCAGCAUUGUCGGUGUUGAGUCUGGUGCUCAGCCGCUCACCAACGAGGAUGACACCAUCAUCCUAGCCGUCAACGGCGAAAUUUACAAUCACAGACUGAUCCGAAAGAACUUGAAGACUCCCUACCACUUCAAGACACAUUCGGACUGCGAGGUCAUCAUUCCUCUGUACAUGGAGUAUGGCCUCGACGCUCCCAAAUACCUGGAUGGCAUGUUCUCCUUCAUGUUGUACGACAAGAAGCUCGACCGGACAAUCGCGGCCCGCGAUCCCAUCGGAAUCACCACCUUUUACCAGGGCUGGGACAGCAAGAACGACAACUCGGUAUACUUUGCCUCUGAGCUGAAGUGCUUGCACUCUGUCUGCGACAAGAUCCGGGCCUUCCCUCCUGGUCAUGUCUACGACUCCAAGACUGGCGAGACCCACCGGUAUUUCCAACCUUCCUGGUGGGACGGUUCCAAAAUCCCGGAGACUCCUUUGGACCUCAAGGCCAUCCGCACUUCCCUGGAGAAAUCCGUGCGGAAGCGACUCAUGGCUGAGGUGCCAUAUGGUGUCCUCCUGUCUGGUGGUCUUGACUCUUCUCUCGUGGCCUCCAUCGCCCAGAGAGAGACUCUGAGAAUGAAGGCUCUGGCUCAGGCUCAGGCUGCCCAGAACGGCGAGACCGCAGAGGAAGAUGCCGACAAGGGCGAGGGUCUGGUUGGAAUCGACGACCACAACGAUCUUUCGACCGUCACCUACCUCCCGCAACUCAACUCCUUCUCGAUCGGUCUGCCUGGCUCGCCCGAUAACGAGGCUGCCCUAAAGGUCGCCAAGUUCCUCGGAACUAAGCACCACGUGAUGACCUUUACCAUCGAGGACGGUCUCAACGCCCUCUCCGAUGUCAUCUACCACCUCGAGACCUACGAUGUUACCACAAUUCGUGCCUCGACGCCCAUGUACCUGCUCUCUCGCAAGAUCAAGGCUAUGGGCAUCAAGAUGGUGCUCAGUGGCGAGGGAAGUGACGAGAUCUUUGGUGGAUACUUGUACUUCCACGCCGCCCCUGACAAGAAGGAAUUCCACGAGGAGACGGUGCGCCGUGUUAAGAACCUGCACCUGGCAGACUGCCUCCGUGCCAACAAAUCGACAUCUGCCUGGGGUCUUGAGGCUCGCGUGCCGUUCCUGGACAAGGAGUUCCUGGAGACUUGCAUGAACAUCGACCCUGCCGAGAAGAUGAUCACCAAGGAUCGUAUUGAGAAGUACAUUCUGCGCAAGGCCUUUGACACCUCGGACGAGCCCGGCGAGGCGCCUUACCUGCCCGAUGAGAUCCUCUGGAGACAGAAGGAGCAGUUCUCGGACGGUGUCGGAUACGGAUGGAUCGAUGCUCUCAAGGACAACGCUGAGAUGAACGUGACGGACGAGAUGAUGAAGAACCCCAAGCCUGAGUGGGGUGACGAUAUCCCCGACACCAAGGAGGCAUACUGGUACCGCACCAUGUUCGACGAGCACUUCCCUCCUCACUGCGCCUCCACAGUCAUGAGAUGGACGCCAACCUGGUCGCAACAGAGCGACCCCAGUGGAAGAGCCAUCUCCACCCACCAGGCCAAGUACGACAACGCUGCAUAG